GUAGCCCGUAGCACUCGCUACGAACGACAGUUCAACGACCCCGCGAAACCUGACUCCAAUAUUAGUGAAUGAAUAAACAGUGCUAUGUGAAACUGAUCUUGUUCUGUGCUGUUCUCUGUGCAAGGAAAUAUAGAUUAUUCUUAGUGGCAGUGCAAGUGUUGUUGUGUGUGUGGAUGGACUUGCCCGAGAUGUGAAACAAACAUCAGCCCGGAGAUUGAAAAGCAGUGCGACAGAAACGAACAAAAUGCAAAGCUGAGUUUCGCCGUCCGCACUGACAUGCCGCGGGAGCCUGGGCCCAGGAGGCAAUGCCCCGAGGGAAGUGAAGUGUAGUGUUCAAGGAAUGUGACAGUGAUGGUGCAGUGAUCAACAUGCCAGCGCUGGGCCGCCUGCUCGCCACGGCGGCUGUCCUCGGCGCCGCGAUCCUCGCCAUGGCAGCAAAAAACGUGCCGACGACGCAGGUGGUGGCGGUGGCGGGCGAGCCGGCGUACCUGCCGUGCGACAUCGCCACGCAGGAGGAGGACGACGCCGUGCUGCUGGUGCUCUGGUACAAGGAGGACCUGGGCACGCCCAUCUAUAGCGUCGACGCGCGCGAGCGAGACUUCGGCGUGGCGGAGCGGUGGUCCGACGAGAGCGUGUUCGCGUCCCGAGCCUACUUCCUGCCGGAGCGGAGGCCGGCCGAGCUGGGCGUGGACCGGGUCCGGGCCUCCGACCAGGGCCUCUACCGCUGCCGGGUCGACUUCAAGCAGGCGCAGACACGGAACUCGAGGGUUAAUCUUACUGUUAUCGUGCCUCCAAGCAAGAUGGUGAUCACGGACGAGCGCGGGGACGUGAAGCAGGCCAUCGUGGGGCCCUACGUGGAGGGGGACCAGUUCACGCUGCAGUGUGACGUCACGGGAGGCCGCCCCCGCCCGUGGGUCAAAUGGUACCGAGACGAGGUGGAGACGGACACGCCGGCCACGGCGCUGCCGGGCGGCGGCGUCCGCGGCGUGCUGCGAGUGGGCCCGCUGACCCGCGCCGACGUGCGCGCCGCCCUGUCGUGUCGGGCGAGCAACCACCCGCGCGCCCAUCCCAUAGAGACCACGCUCACGCUUGAUAUGAACUUCCCCCCCUUCACGGUGCACAUCCUGGGCUCCAACCAGCCGCUGUCUGCGUCGCGGCGCUACGACCUGCUGUGCCAGAGCUCCGGGUCCCGCCCGCCCGCCUCCAUCACCUGGUGGAAGAAUGGACAGAGGAUCAACAAUGCUAAGGAGACGCUAUCGACGGACGGCAACACAACGACGUCGACUGUCUCCCUCCAACUCUCCAAGACGGACGCGGGCGCGCGGCUCGCGUGUCGCGCCUCCAACCCGCAGAUGCCUUCAGUACCCGCGUUGGAGGACGGCUGGACACUGGAUAUACAAUAUCUUCCAGAAACCGUGGUCCGGUUAGGCACAAACCUGGACCCUACAAAUAUUAGGGAGGGGUCAGACGUAUAUUUCGACUGCAUCAUCAACGCACACCCUUACGUCUACAAAGUGGAGUGGAGACAUAAUGGCAAGACCCUGAACCACAACGUGGGCCACGGGGUCAUCAUCAGCAACCAGUCGCUAGUGCUGCAGGGCGUGGGACGCCGCACGGCCGGCAACUACACCUGUGUGGGGUUCAACGCGGAGGGCGACGGGGAGAGCAAGCCGUUUAGGCUGGACGUGCUGUAUGCGCCGACAUGCCGCAGCUCGCAGCAGCGCGUGCACGGCGUGGCCAAGCAGGAGCGCGCGCACAUCACGUGCCACGUCGACGCCAACCCGCCCGACGUCACGUUCCGCUGGACGUUCAACAACACGGCCAACAGCAACGAGGUGUCGGACGCGUAUGUCUCGCGCGCGGGCACGAGCUCCACGGUCACGUACACGCCGCACACGGAGAUGGACUACGGCACGCUGCUGUGCUGGGCGCACAAUCGGAUCGGCCGCCAGCGCGUGCCCUGCGUCUACCAUAUUAUUGCUGCUGGCAAGCCGGACCAGGUGCACAACUGCAGUGUGGUGAACGCGUCGCUCGCCUCGUUCGGGGUGCGCUGCAGUGAGGGCUUCAACGGAGGCAUGCCGCAGAGCUUCCUGCUCGAAGUGCGAGAAAUUAACACUCAGGACAUUGUAGCAAACGUAUCGAGCGCCGUGCCACGGUUCACAGCGGUGGGGUUGUCCCCUGGACGCACGUACGCGGCGGUAGUGCUCGCCUACAACGCCAAGGGACGAGGCGAGCCGUACCCACUGAGGGCCAGCACGCUACGCCCGCCUGAGAAACAUCAUGUUCAUGAUAAGAGCUUAGACCUGCCUCGCACCGCGUUCCAGAUGUCGGGGGCGAUGUCGGCGGCGGUGGGGGGCGGGGGCAUCGUCAUGAUCCUCGCCAUCCUGUUCAUGGUGGCGCUGAGGCAGCGGUGCGCCAAGAGGAAACCCAGGUCCGGCCCGCCGCCCGGCAGUCAGCCCGGCUCCCCGGACAAGCUGCGGGAGAAGGACGACAGCGAGAGCGAUGACAGGAACCCGGAUAUUAUACCCUCGGAUACAGACCAGAUGCAGAGCGAGUACUACCGUCAGCAGCUAGUGUCGACGAUAUCCCCAGCCACAGGGCGAGCACGGGGCAGCGUGGCCGGCGUGCGAGCCCUGCCCGCCUACUGCGCGCUUCGCCCCGCGCCCGCCGCCCAGCACAAUAACGGCAACAGCAUUCCGCCGCCGGCGCGCUUUGCCUCGGGGUCUUGCACGCUGCCUCGCGGCUCCACCGUGGCCGCGGGGGACCGCUGCGGGAUCCCCAUGCAACACCUGCGCACCCUGCCACGCCCCCUCCCCGCGCCCGCGCCCGCCGCGCCCCGCCCCCUGCCCCGGGACACCCCGCUCUGACAGACCACGCAACUAUAGGACUAGCUGUAAAUACUUUUUUACACGAAAAAAAUAAUGGAGACUUUUUUUCAAAGUGUGUUUGAGGUGUGUGUUAUGUCUCGGGUGUGCGAUUCAGUUUGAAGACUGACGGUUUGUGGUGAAUGGUUAAUUGGAGUGUCAGUUCUGUGUUCGUUCGCCUAAUCUUUGCCUGCCAUGCGUUUCCUACUAGCGGAAAUUUUGUAACAUUUAUACCUUUGGGAUACGAAAAUGUAUUGCGAGCGAGGCGGGUGAGUAAUAGCGCAAACAAAUUGUAAAUCAAUUCGGAACAAUGUAUCAAUUUUAUUGUUAUUGAAAUUCAAUUUUUGUGCUUCGUUAAAAAUAAAUUUUAACGGGAUGUAAGUAUUAGUUGCAAAUUGAUAUUUUAUUGUGAAAAUCACAACGUUCAGUGGAGUGGUUUGAAACAACUCUGCGCGAUUGAGUAAUCCCUUGCAAUUAAGACUUUGCUGAUCGCAUAUUAGACUAAUUAUAUCAAUUUUAGAACAGAUUUGUUCCAUACAAUUUAAUUUUUACAUACACCGACCAAGCAUAUAUUGUAUAUGCUGAUAUCAUUAACCGCGUGUUUCAUAAUGUCUGGAAAAAAAUCGCUCUAUCUCUCUCUCUCUCCAAAGUCGAAACGUACAAUUUCACAGAUAACCUUUAUCAAGGCGUAGUUUAAUUAGAGGGUUACUCUAUACUGACGAAAAAUUCACGAACGAGAGCUGUCGUGCAAUCGGCACGUUUAAUAACACGAGAUAGAGUCGUAUCUCGCUCAAAACGCUCCGAAACUUAGUUUUUCGUCCUAUUAAGUGAUCCCUCAGGCUCUAAAU